AUGAAGAGGGAAAUCAAGAUGAAUCACUGGAGUCAAAGACUUUAUCUUCAGAGGACCAGGUAAAGGACCGUUCCACAGGAACUCGAGUGGUAGCAGGUCAGAUCUUCCUUGAAUCAGGGAAGUCGGACUCUCAGUCAGAGGAUGAAGAGAACUUUCACAGUCAAGAGGAAGAAAAAGGGAAUUCACUGGAUGAAUUGAACUCUCUAGAAAUGUCAAAUCUAUUAAAUAAGGAUUUGGAGGAAGCAGAAAUACAGAGUCCAGUUUUGACAGCUAUUGGAGGCACUGCAGAUGGUGAACCUUGCCACUUCCCCUUCUUGUUUCUGGAGAAGGAGUACGCAGAGUGCACUGCAGAUGGGCGGGAAGACGGCAGGCUCUGGUGUGCAACGACCUAUGAUUACAAGAAAGAUCAGAAGUGGGGCUUCUGUGAAACUGAAGAGCAGUCUAAUAAGAGAAGGCAGAUGCAGGAAGCUGAGGAUGUUUAUCAGACUGGAAUGAAAAUCCUUAAUGAAAGCAGCAAAAAGUCUCAGAAGAAAGAGUAA